GGCUUUUCCGUAGUGUGGGGAGCUGUAGAAAUUCUUUGGAACUCGUGUAUAAGUAUACCAGGUACCACUGCCACGGGAGUCCUCACCGGACAUCAAUCAUAUUUGACUUUCUCCCACGAAGAUGUCGAAGGAGGACGCCUAUGCCGCCGCAAAGCGGAAAGACUUCGAGGAGAAGGGCUUUCAAGAUGUCGCUGCUGCACCCACCCCAUUCAAGACCAAACCAUGGUGGAAGUUUGGUGGGAAGGACUACAGUUUCGUCCCUGUCGACGCUGGAUAUUCGCAGACAGCAGCCAGUUCUGAUUCCAACCUCGAUGCUGUGCAAGACAUGGGCCGUCAUGUCUACGAGACGGAUGCCGCGAAGGAUAUCUACAAGCCCAUUGAGGGCUAUGAAGGCGCGCAUCGGUUCGACCCCUCCUACAAGUGGACUCCAGAAGAGGAGAAAAGGUUGGUGAAAACUCUCGAUUGGCGUAUCGCUCUUCCCGCCUGCAUCAUGUUCUUUGCUCUUCAAUUGGAUCGUGGAAAUAUCACUCAAGCAAUAUCGGGCACCAUGUUAACGGAUCUAAAGAUGUCAACCAAUGAUUACAACAACGGCAUGACUAUUUUCUACUGCUCUUUCUUGUUCGCCGAAUUGCCAUCUCAACUCAUUAGCAAGAAGCUCGGACCCGAUGUCUGGAUUCCCAUUCAGAUGGUAGCCUGGAGCAUCGUGGCGAUGAGUCAAUGUUCUCUCAGUGGAAAGACGUCUUUCUAUAUCUGCCGCUGGCUACUAGGCAUGAUUGAAGGUGGAUUCAUCCCAGAUGUCAUCUUGUACCUUUCAUACUAUUACAAGAAUGCCGAAUUACCAAAGCGCUUGUCUUGGUUCUGGACUGCGUACCAAGCCACUUCCAUUGUUGGUGCUUUCCUCGCCUAUGGUAUUCUCCAUCUCCAGGGCCACCAAUACUAUUUCAAAGGUGGGUGGCGUUACCUUUUCCUCAUUGAAGGAUCAAUAACAGCCACCAUCGGUAUACUCACCUGGCUCUACCUUCCGGCCUCACCUACCCAAACAAGCCGAAACUCACACUCCCUCUUCAAAGGCCAACUCCGACCCAAGAAAGGCUGGUUCACGGAACGAGAAGAAUACAUCCUUGUGACCCGCAUCCUGCUCGACGACCCCGGAAAAGCCACUAUGCACAACCGUCAAGGCCUCUCAUUCCGUGCCCUUUGGAAUUCCCUGACCGACUACGACAUGUGGCCCAUAUAUCUAAUCGGCUUUACUUGGCAGGUUCCCAUGACGCCCGAAACAAGCUACAUCACCCUCACAUGCAAAGCCCUCGGCUUUACCACCUUCCAAACCAACCUGCUCACCAUCCCCGCGUCCGUUCUUUUCAUCCUUCAACUUCUGUUCUGGACCUGGGUCUCGGAGAAAAUCAACCAACGUUUCCUCAUCGGAUUAAUUUCCCAGAUCUGGGUUCUCCCUCUGCUCAUCGCUCUCGAAGUCCUCCCACCCAAAUUUCCCAAUUACAAUUGGGCAAGAUGGGCCAUCACCACCCUCAUCAUCGGUUAUCCAUACGCGCACGCCAUUCUCGUCGGAAUGGCAUCUCGCAACGCCGGUACGGUGCGCACCCGAACCGUCGCUUCUUCGCUAUACAACAUGGCUGUACAAACUGGCUCCGUCAUUUCCUCGCAAAUUUAUCGCACACCCGACAAGCCGUUAUACUAUAAGGGCAACAAAGUAUUGUUAGGAUUGGUGGCGUGGAAUGUUAUUAUGUUCAUCUUGGCUAAGGUUUAUUACGAGACGAGGAACAGGCAGAGGGAUGCGACGUGGAAUUCGAUGACGAGGGAGGAGAGGGUGCAUUACCUGGAGACGACGACGGAUAAGGGGAACAAGAGGUUGGACUUUAGGUUCGCUUCUUGAGGGUUCUGGCGGGGAAUAUGGGGCUGAGUGAUGGGCGUGUAUAAAGAGUGUUGCGAAUUUAGUCUACUGAUGGUGGUGUUGUAGAUAGAUAGGCCGGGGUGUUCUGGUGUGGAAUAU